CCCCGCCAAACCCGCCGCCCACCAUUUCUUUUUCUUUUUCUUCUCUCCUCCAUUCUCUGCCAAGGUUCUCUUCCAGAUUUCGUUUUUAUUUUAUUUUAUGGGCGCGUGAUUCUCACGUAGAAGCCCAUUUCUCCUUCGUGCCUCGACACCAAGCUUCGUUCCGCCCUCGAGCCAUACAGCUGCGCCAGCCCGCCACCCUGCUCUUCACGCCAGCUCGUUUAGGCACAAUUCGGGGAUAAUGAUUUGCAUCUUAUAAGUCUUAAAGUAUUUCAUCAUCUACUGCAAAAAAAAAAGGAAAGUAUUUCAUCAUCAUUUCGUUUCCAUUUGCAAAGAGACCGCCUUUUUAGUUUUAAAUAAAACAAAAAUAGUUUUGUCUCUCCAAUUUUAACCCUCCAAAAGCUCUCCGACCCUAAAUACCACCGGCAAAUGGCCUCUGCGAUUCGACUGGUGACUGAAAGAAUUGGCGAUGGCGUGGGACAACCAUUUGUUGACGCCAAUCACGGCGAGGAGCUAAUGCACGUGCAGCACGACGUCUCUAUCGUCCUUGGCAGCAGCAGCCGGCCGCCCGAGUCCCCCGGCACACUCUACAUCACCACCAGGCAAGUAGUUUGGUUGAGCGACUCGGAUAGGGCGAAAGGCUAUGCCGUGGACUUCAUUUCGGUGUCGCUUCACGCUGUGUCCAGAGAUCCUGAGGCUUACCCUUCUCCUUGUAUCUAUGCACAGAUUGAGAAUGGGGCUGAGGAAGAUGAAUUGGAAGAUUCAGAGUCUGAAAGUGAUGAUACGUUGAACUUGUCCAAGAUAACUGAGAUGAGAUUUGUGCCUUCAGAUCCUAAUCAAUUGGACACACUUUUUGCAGUAUUCUGUGAAUGUGCUGAGCUAAAUCCUGAUCCAACUGAAGAGGAAGGGAGUGAAAAUAAUUGGAUUUUCAGUGCCAAUCAACUGGAAUUUAAUGCUGCUGAGGAUGAUGACUCGGAAUGGGCUGCCCACCAAAAUCCAGCCCAUCCAAUUGGUGCCAAUGGAAAUCUUGACUUGGCUCAUGCAGUGGUGCAGCUUCAGAUAAAUGAUCGUCGCUUUGAGGAUGCAGAGGAAAUGGAGCAGGAUAGUAAAAAUGGUCAUCUCUAGACUGUGAUAAGGUUCGCUCAUUUUGAGCUUUGUGGACACAACUAUGUUGUAUGGUAGAAAAUUUGUAGAUUUUGUGAUAAUAUCUCUAUAAAACCUUUCACUGACUACAACUGUUGAGUAGAAUCUAUUAUCUGAUGCAUCCUAUCUUAUGGUGUUAAA